AUGGGCGUCUAUUCGUCGUCGCCGCAGCUAGCGCUGCUGCUGCUGUUGUUGCUGCAGCCGCCAGUGGUUCACGCCUCCGAGGCCGAGCACCGCCUGUUUGAGCACCUGUUCCAGGACUACAACGAGAUCAUCCGGCCUGUGGCUAACGUAUCCAACCCGGUCAUCAUCCAGUUCGAGGUGUCCAUGUCCCAGCUGGUGAAAGUGGACGAAGUGAACCAGAUUAUGGAGACCAACCUGUGGCUCAGGCAGAUCUGGACUGACUAUAAGCUGAAAUGGAAUCCCUCCGACUACGCAGGCGUGGAGUUCUUGCGUGUACCCGCAGAGAAGAUCUGGAAACCGGACAUUGUGCUGUACAACAACGCUGUUGGGGAUUUCCAGAUGGAUGACAAAACCAAAGCCCUCCUCAAGUACACGGGGGAGGUGACGUGGAUGCCUCCAGCCAUCUUCAAGAGCUCGUGCAAGAUUGAUGUGACCUACUUCCCCUUUGAUUACCAAAACUGCACCAUGAAGUUCGGGUCCUGGUCCUACGACAAGGCUAAAAUCGACCUGGUCCUAAUCGGCUCCUCCAUGAACCUCAAGGACUACUGGGAGAGCGGCGAGUGGGCCAUCAUCAGGGCUCCGGGCUACAAGCAUGACAUCAAGUAUAACUGCUGUGAGGAGAUCUAUACGGACAUCACCUACUCGCUCUACAUCCGGCGCCUGCCGCUCUUCUACACCAUCAACCUCAUCAUCCCGUGCCUGCUCAUCUCCUUCCUCACCGUGCUCGUCUUCUACCUGCCAUCCGACUGCGGUGAGAAGGUGACGCUCUGCAUCUCGGUGCUGCUGUCCCUCACCGUCUUCCUGCUGGUCAUCACUGAGACCAUCCCAUCCACCUCGCUGGUCAUCCCGCUCAUUGGAGAGUACCUGCUCUUCACCAUGAUCUUCGUCACCCUGUCCAUCGUCAUCACGGUCUUCGUGCUCAACGUGCACUACCGGAGGCCAACCACGCACACGAUGCCCAUGUGGGUGAAGACUGUUUUCCUGGACCUGCUGCCCAGGGUCAUGUUCAUGACCAGGCCAGCCAGCGGUGAGGGUCAAACUGUGAACCUGAGGCCCCUCUAUGGCGCCGAGCUUUCUAACCUGAACUGCUUCAGCCACGUGGAGUCCAAGGGCUGCAAGGAGGCCUACCCCUGCCAGGAGCGGACAUGCAGCUACUGCCACCACCGCAGAGUAAAGGUCUCCAACUUCAAUGCCAACCUCACAAGGAGCUCCAGCUCUGAGUCUGUCGACGCAGUGAUGUCCCUCUCAGCUCUGUCACCGGAAAUCAAAGAGGCCAUCCAGAGUGUCAGGUACAUUGCCGAAAACAUGAAAGCACAGAAUGAAGCCAAAGAGGAACAAAAAGCCCAAGAGAUCCAACAACUGAAGCCAGGAGAAAUGUCCACAGAAACAUUCGAUCGAGAACCUGGGCUAUGAAUUUCCAAUCUUCAACCACCUGUUACAAAAAAUAAAAAAAAAAAAAUUAAAUA